AUGAACCGACCGAACCGGCCUCGGAACCGCCAACCUCGCCCACCCCGGCAAAACCAGAACCAGAACAGGCAGGGCCAGAACAACCAGCGAGGGUCAUCAUCUCGGGCACCAGCGACACCACAGCAAGCAGCCGGCACAGUUCCCACUGUCCAACAAGUCGUCCCCGGCGCAUCCGUAUUCAUCAUUUUGAAAGAGGACCAACCGACAGGCGAAGAGACACAGGGCAUAGUACAGGACAUCCUCACGAGAGGCAAUCACCCGCGGGGCAUAAAAGUGCGUCUGCGCGACGGCCAAGUGGGCAGGGUGCAGCGGAUGGGCAAUAGUUCAGCCGCAGCAGAGGACACUGGAGCAAAGGCAACGCCCUCUUCAAGAUUCACGAUGCGGUAUACCGACGUGCGGAGGGAUGACGAGUUUGCGUCGGAGCCGCCGCCGAGAAGCUUGGCGGAUUUCAUGCCAGACUUGGAUGAGAGGCUAAGGACUGCGCCCAGUGGUGUCGAGGCCGUCAAGUGUCCGUUUUGUGAGGACUUUGAGGGGGAUGAGACGGCUGUUACGGUUCACAUUGACCGUGAACAUUUGUCAUGA